AGGCUCCUCUGGCCCAAGUCCCAGUCCUUUGACUAUCUGUACAGUGUCGGGGAGAAGCUGCUGCAGAACUUCCCCGUGCAGGCCACCCUCAGCCUCUACGACGACUCGGACAGCGAGGAGGAGGAGACUGAGGAGGAAGAUGACGACACUGAAGACGGGGAGGAAGACGAGGCCGUGCUCUCCAUGGAGACAGGCACCCUGCAGCAGGCAGCACAGGCCGUGUGA